AUGGAUUUCUACUGUUUGGAUACGUAUGCCAUUGCUCCUAUUGAUGUACGCGAAUUUGUUCUCCCUACCUUCGGAGUAGAGAUUUCAACUGGACGAGAAUACAUAUUGCCGAACCAUACUAAAAUAGAUGUGACAGUAUCAGCCAAAUACGUCUACGGCAAGCCGGUUGAUGGAAGUGCAGGACUCGAGAUUAACAUCCGGAAGAAGGGAGAUGUGUCGGACCCGAAACGCGUUUUAACUAUCGGGAGAAAACCGCUAAAUGGUAGCGCAGACUUUGAGGUCCCUAUAGCGAAGCUUUUGCAAAGUUUUGGGGGACAGUUUCCCGCAGACGCCGUGUUAGAGUUGUCAUCAACUGUUUAUGAGUCGGCAACAGGAAAAGAAGAGUCGGGAGCCGAUGAUUCCGUCAUGUUUGUAAAUUGUCCCUUCAAGUUUGACUUGUCGCGUUCAAAGACUACUUACCGGGAAGGUUUCUAUUAUUACAUACAGAUUAAAAUGCUACAUGCCAACGGUCAACCGGCAGGUCGGAAAUUGUUCAAUCUUACGAUUGAUGGCGGCAGUCCAAAUCAACAUCUGACGAACGAGGAUGGUCAUUAUCUGGCUGCUCACAUCCAGCCUGAAAACCAGAACUUGAAGCGCAUGAAAAUAAAGGUAUAUGAUCCAGCUUUUGAAAACUGUGCACACGAGUUGGUCCUUGAGCAAUACACGGGGGAACGUCAGAUUGUCGUCGAGAAAGUAGAAAAAGAAGGUGCCUCGUUCAUUCAAGCCAACACGGACAUCAACAUCAAACAAGCGGACAAAUAUUCAGGCAUACUAAUACUGAUAACAGCUCGCGGUAAGAUUGUGCAGACAAAGUACUUUCCACCUUUCAAGACUCCCAGUUUUAAGUUGGAACAGGAUGUUAUGGACAAGGUCUCACCUGUUGGCCGAGUGUUUGCUUUUUAUGUGUACAACGCACAACUAGUAGCAGAUUCGUCAAUUUUUCAUGUAAAAGCAAAAUGUCGAGAACAGCUGGAGCUCAUACCGACGGAGGCCAUGGUGAGGCCAGGUCAAACGUCCAAACUUACUGUCAAAGGGCCAUCCGGAAUGUGGGUGGGAUUCAACGUCAUUGACAAGGCGUUGCUAUUAUUGAAGAACACAAACGUUCUUAGGGAAGAUAAGAUAUUCAAUGAAAUGGAAGCUCACGACCUCGGUUGUGGUGCUGGAGGUGGCAAGAACAGCGAAGAAAUAUUCAAAAACGCUGGUCUGACAAUUCUAACAAACGCUAAUGUGAACGCUGAACACAUUCAACGAGAGACGACUGAAUGUGCCGCUAAAAAACGCAAACGACGCGCUGUCCCUGACGAAAACGGUUGUUAUUUUGGUGCAAACCCAGUGUGCUGCGAACAGGGCGUCCAGUUUGCAUUUGAUGUUAUAUAUGACUACGAACUGGAAAAGAGCCAUUUCGACGAAGACGUUUCUGAACCCAUUCCAAACAUUGAAUGCUAUUCGAAAGCACGGAAACUGGCCGAAACGUAUAUAGACAAAUUGCCAUCUAAAUGCCCGAUGGCUUUUUACGAAGCGUGCGUUGUUACGAUGACGGCUGAACUAAGUAAAAACGUACAAGACGUUGCCACCGGCAGAUCGGUCUUAGGUGCCAAAGAUCAAUACAAACUGGACGUCGAAAUGAUGGCGGGAUUUGGCAUCUCCAUGAAAGUUCGUAAAAAAUUCACAGAAACGUCGUUCUUUUUUGACGAACAAAUGAUAAGUGAUAAGGGAAUUACCACCGACCUUACAUAUCGAGAUUCUAUUACAGAAUGGUCAAUUCAAGCUAUAGGUAUAUCCGAAACCACCGGUGCCUGCAUCGCAGUUCCCAAAGAAGUGAAAGUCUUUCAAGAUUUUUUUAUACAACUCGAUCUGCCAUACAAAGUCACACGAAAAGAAAAUUUCAACGUGAAAGUGACAGUAUUUAACUAUCUUGGUAAAGAACAAAAAGCUCGUGUGUACCUAAAAGGCGUCGGCAAUUUGUGCUAUGGCGUCGAUCCUGGCCAACCAUCACCACCGCAGUUAAUCACCUUGCCUUCGAACAGCGCAAAUACUCUGACGUUUCCCGUUAUUCCCCUGAAAGCGGGAACCUAUCCAAUACAGGUGUCAGCAUUUGUGACGAACGAGAAUGCACCGAUCGCAGACAUUGUGGAGAAACAACUUCUCGUUGUGAAUGAAGGUAUCCUAGUUAAAUUGAACUUCACUGUAUGUCUUGAUCCGAAUAACCAAAUGGAAAACUGCAUCCAAGCUCCAGAGGUGAAACGCAUAGAGCGGCUUAAUGUUGGUGACUCAUCGUCUGUGAAAAUGGAAGUCAAGCUACCUUUGCCACUUACAUCUUUGCCUGGAACUGCUUUUGCAAAUGCAUACAUUAAAAGUAAUUUGAUGGGCGAUGCGGUGACUUGUGUACUGGAGGGUGUUGACAAGAUGUUCAACGAUCCUCAAGGCUGCGGUGAACAAACCAUGAUAUACACAGCUCCAAUCGUCUACGGAAUGUACUUCCUGAAGCAAACAAAGACAAUGGAGUCUACCCAUGAGGAUUCUGGCAUUAAAUACAUGAGAAAUGGGAUAACACGCCAACAAUCCAUGUACCAGAAAGAUGACGGAUCGUAUGCAGCAUGGAAAGAUCGUCCAACAAGUUUGUGGUUAACAGCAUUUGUUGCUAAAGUAUUCUGCCAAGCAGAGCACGUUGUACGAGGAAUAGCGGGAAUGGAUAGCCUGGAGAAAACGUUGGCAUAUAUUUCUAAAAACAAUAAUGUUUCUGGCCAUUUCCGGGACGAAUCCCCGGUUAUACACAGGGAAAUGCAGGGUGAGUUGGGUAAAGGAGAUAGAAAAUCAGAUCCUUCGUUGACAGCUUUUGUUCUGACCUCCUUGCAAGAAUGCACACAACGAACACCGGAGGUGCAGAAUUCCAUCAACCGAGCGAUGGUUGCACUGGAGGGAUUGCCAGAUGAGAAUUUGCAGAACAAUCCAUAUCUUCUGGCAAUAUCGACAUAUGCUUUAGCUAUAUCAAAUAGCACACAGAAAACAAAACUAAAAGAGAAACUCAAAAAACUCAGUCGAAAUGAUAAUGGUCGCCUGUAUUGGUCAAAAAGCGAUGUUGCGGACUCCUAUGCAGUAGAGACGACGGCAUACGCCCUCCUUGCGUUCCUGAAAUUCGAUGACUUUAAGACAAGCCACAAGAUAGUCGCAUGGUUGACGUCACAGAGCGACGCAAUUGGAAAAUGGCGUUCAACGCAAGACACUGUGGUUGCUAUGCAAGCAAUGGCGGCAUACAGUGCGCGAACGUACAAUAAAGAGGUCGACCUCAAUGUUGUAAUUGAAAAGGGAAAUGAGAAACACAAGGUAACCGUGAACAGUGAAAACACCCUUCUUCAAAAACUAAUUCCAAAGCUUGCCGUAGACGGCAACACUAAGAUCGAUGUCACGGUCAGUGGAAGAGGGUCAGCUGUGUUGAAGAUUGACCUGUUUUACAACAGAAAAGCCCGGGAUGACGAAAUUUGCCCUUUUUAUAUAAGUCCAAUCGAUGUUCAGCUUGUAGAUAAUUCAACCAAUCAAAUACACAAGGAUAUCGUCAAUGUAAGGUGCGAUGUGUGUGGAUUUUGCAAAGAACCUGAUGAACCGGACUAUGAUUUCGAUCUGUCCCGUACUAAACGACAAGUAAACCCUUUUGCUGAACCAGUGCAGACAUGUAUUCAGUUCUCAGUCAAGUCAAAUUCGUCCGCUAAUAACGCAGGGAUGUCAAUAGUGAAAGUGAACUUGGAGACGGGCAUCAACGUAGUGCAAUCGGACUUGGAUAAGAUGCAGAACGAAGGUGUGUUUCCCCGCUACGAGAUGCCAAAGGAUGGCAAAGGAUUCGUCAUCAUUUAUCUGGACAAUAUUACGACUACUGAGACAAAACUUAUAUUCAGGCUGGAGGACCACUUUUCAGGCGACGAUUCAAGCCGCCAGCCGGCGACUGUACAGGUGUAUGAUUACUACAAGCCAGAACGCUCGUGUAUAAAGCAGUACGGCAUUGGCGCAAACCAUGGACAGGGAAUAAAAUACGAUUGUGACCCCAAGAGCGACCAGUGUCAAUGCAUGCAAAGUCAGUGUUCGAAGCCAGUGAAUCAGGAGCUCGUUGAUAUGGCCCUAAAAAUAGCAAAGGAGAAAGAUGCUAAGAAACGAAGUACUCUUCAAACACCAUCCAAGGCUCUGAUGGAUUACGCGUGCAACUUUGAGAAAGCUAACUUUGUGGUUAAAGUCAAAGUUACACGAGUAAACUACAACUCGGAAAGGGACGUAAAGUUCGCAACAGCUAAAAUAGAGGAAGCGCAACUGCAAGGUGGUAAAACCAUGACAAACAAUGAUGAAAUGGAAUUUGAAUGGCAUACGACAUGUUCACAACCGGACCUUCUAGUGGGUAAAUCCUACUACAUCAUGGCAAAGGACGGAACAAAUUUGACAGACGCCAAUGGAAAUACCAGAUUGAAGUAUGACCUGACAGGAACGGCACUCGUGAUCGACCCAGACUUCAAACCAAUUCUUCGUACCGUUAUGAGCAAUUUCGUUAACGAACUGAGGAAGAAUAAUGGGUGCAACAACUAGCGAGGAAGCUGUUGUUUCCAGGGUGACUCGCAACUGGUUAUUUGUGCAAAACAAAACUUAUUGUUGCACGACCUGAUAGGACUAAAUUUGUUAAGCAUACGGACAUCAUGUUUAAAAGUGUGUGUUUGCGUGUUUUUUAGUUUAUAAAGCUUAUGACUCUGUGGUAUUCAGAAGAUCGGCAUACUAUAACACAUUUAGUAGAACAUUUGAAAAAAUAUACGUAAUUUGUCAGCAUAUUUAAAGUCAUCGUUUGUACUUUACUUCAUCAACCAAUUACUACAGUGUUAUAUUGAAUAUCAACUUGUAUGGAGUUUACAUGGUCGAUAUCUACCGGAACCACUUAUAAUCUAAUAAAAUAGUGCCAAUAUAUGUCUAAAUAUUGUUUAAUGUUACAUUAAACAUAAAAAACAAACCGGUUGGAGAAUAAAACAUAUGUUAAAACACUAGAACGACUUUUUAAUGUAAAGCUAUUUUUGACAUGAAAUACAAAUACAUCAUUAACUUGCAUUGUUAAUAUUACUUUGGGUUGAUUAGCUGAUUGAGCGGGAUUCAACUUUGUUAAAGGAAAUAAGAAGGUUGUAUUUUUUGCGACGGAGCUGUAUAUAACUACAAGCAAGCUUGCGCUGAAUACAAUACAUGCAUCCAUAUUGAUAUAUAGACAAUCCCAGAAUCGAUAAUAUGGGCGCCGCCAUAUUGGCUAUUACGUAACCCGCGAUUGAAAACGGUACUGAAGAAUUUGACAGAUUACAACGUUAUCAUAGUGUACACCCGCUUUAUUCCAAUAAACAGUACUUUAUGACUUCGCACAGUAGGAUUGAAAAAAGUGAAACAUGAAACCAAGUGUCGAUACAUGUAUGUAUCACAUCGUAAAUCAAUAUAAUUUAAAUAAAAAAUAUACACGAUAGAUUCAUAAAAUAUGUGUCUCUGCAACAAUAUUCAGUGACAACACGUAAUGUUUAAGGCCGAGUUGGCAUUUAGAAGCAUACCUUUCAGUAAUGCAUUUGUAUAAAAUUUAAUUAUUUCUUUAAGGAAUAAAAUUAUUCAAGCAUAAUUGUAAAGGUAAAGAAAUAUCUAAAGUCUGAAGUAAACGUUGUGAUUUUAGCGUAAAUAGUGCCGGAGAUAUUAACAAAGAUCUGUCAAUAUAUAAAGAUUGGAAACAUCCAUUCAGACCGAUUUUUUUUUAUAGAUCUUUGAUAUUAAUUAGAUAGAUUUAAGGUCGAUGUAGACAAUUAUAUUGAUAUCUGCCUUUGUUUCAGCAUAUAUUAUUUCUUAUUAAAUGUCGUACUUUCUAUACUUUCCGGAGAUAUUCAUUAAGAUACGUUGUAAGAUUAAAGGCCGAGGACGACUUCUUUUAUUGAAUAAUACAUAUCUUUGUUUGUCUAAAGAGUUACCAUUUCGCUAUUAAUAUUUCCCUUGUAAGUGUCAUUUUAAAGGUAAUAUACAAAUCUAUAGCCGAAAUGAAGUUUGUGAUUCUAAAAUUGUUCCGUAAAUCUUUAUUAUCGAAACUCUGUAAGAUUUCAGGUAGAGAAAAAAAAAAAUUAAAAUUAUGUAUCUAGUUUAGUCUUAAACUAAAGUGGUUUUUAGCAAUCUUUUAUUUUAAAAAUCGCUCUCAAGCUAAUACAAAAAUAUCUAGCCGAAAAUGAAUUUUGUGAUUUAAAUGAACAAGUAACGGAGUUAUUCGCUUGCAAAACUGUGUAGGAUGUCAGGAGAUAUCAUACUUUUUUUAUUGAAAAGGACAUAUCAGCUUUUGUCUACAACUUUCUUAUAUUAUUAUUUAAAUUACGUUUUACAUGUUGCCUGAAAUAUGAUUAAAUUUUUAAUAAUAUUUUAAUUCACGAUUGAAAUGUUCAACAUGAUAAAAAAUGAGCCUUAAAUAAACUUAAAUAAUUCCUAUUGUGUUCUCUAGAUUUCCUAAACGUAUGUCUUUAUUAAAUUUUCGUAAAACGGUCUAAAUAUACGCUUAAAAAAUAAAAAAACGAACAAAAUAAGUGAUUUAUUUUUCUUUAAUUACGGAUUAUUAAUGACAGCAACAUACAUCUCUUGAAAAAAACAUCAGCGAUAAAGGCGCGAACGAAUUCGCUAAAUGGGAGGCGAUGUUCCAAUUGUGGAUUAAAAGCGUUUAUGGGUUUGCGCGUGACACCACACGUCUGCACAUGUGUAGAUACCGAAAUUAAGAUAAGAUAUCGCGCGUCACCUUUAAAUAACAUGUUAAAUGACAACCAAGAUCUUAUUCAUGCCAGGGACCUACACAAAUAGGUCCAUGUCCAUGCUGUGUUUUAUUACUCUUAAACGAAUGCAGAUGAACCUUAUUUCUACUAAUUAUGUCAUUUAUAUUUAAAAAAAAUAACACGAACUAUUAUGUGGUUGUCAGAUCGAUAACAGAAACUCUUUAAAUCCUCAAAUAUAUUUGAUAAAACCGUUUCGCUGCCUUGUUUUGCGUAGGGACCUAUACACACAUAUAUAUAUGUCCAUGUUUAUUUCUUCAGUACCGUUUUGGAGGCGCGCGAGAGUAUUCAGGGGCGGGUAAUCCGGGGAGGUAUCGAUUUCUGGGAUUGUCUAUAGUGCUGAAAAGAAUUGUUAUCUUUGUAGUGUAUUCUACUUAUAGCAAUUAUUGUUGUAAAUAGUCUCAGUAUAAAUUUGAUAACUGCAUUGCAACAUGUUUUGUUUGAUAUAGUAUUACAAUGUUUGAACACGUCGUAAAAGUAAAUUGACACUUGCUUUAA